CGUCGACCCAUCAAACUCUGAGCAAGUAUGCAACGAGCUCUACUAUCGUCGCGGCCGCGAACAUCUUUGCCAUUUUACCUGAAUUCGAACCAACGCACAUGGUCAAGUCCACAAGGACUGCGCUUCAAUAACUCCAGUGCUGACUCGAACGCGGACAUAACGCCAAUUGACCUCGAGUACGACGCAGUUUUGCCACCCCAUACCGUUCGGUCGUCGAGACCACUCGUGAUUCUCCACGGGCUCUUCGGGUCCAAGAGGAAUUGGGGAGGACUCUGCAAGCAGUUCGGCAAGGAACUUCAUAGGCCGAUAUACGCGCUCGACCUCCGAAACCAUGGACAUUCGCCGCACGCGCUGCCGCACACGUACCCGGCCAUGGCGGCGGAUCUCCUCCACUUCUUCAAGAAGCAUCAUUUCGAGAAGAUCAGCUUAUUGGGCCAUAGCAUGGGAGGAAAAGCGGCCAUGGCAGUUGCUCUGUCUGAUGCUUUACCUCCUGGGCUCCUGGAGCAUCUGAUCAUUGUGGAUAUUGCUCCGUCUAAAGGAUCGCUGUCGCCGGAGUUCCAGCGAUACAUAGAAGUGAUGCACCAGAUAGAACAGGCACACAUAUCUACACGUAAAGAAGCGGACCAAAUGAUGAAAUCAGUCGAACCUGAUCCCUCGGUCCGCGCGUUCCUGCUCACGAACCUGGUGGGCUCAGCGCCACUCAAGUUCCGCGUUCCCGUGGAUACGAUACGGUCAUCUCUAGAUGCUCUAGGAGACUUCCCUUACGACUCUUGUUCUCAGCGCUGGGAGGGCAAAACUCUGUUCAUAAAAGGAGAGCAUAGCAGAUACAUCAACAAUCGAAAUCAAUCCAAUUUGGAGCAAUUCUUUCCCAACAUGAAGUUAGAACACUUGCCGACCGGCCACUGGGUACACGCUGAGAAGCCUAACGAAUUCAAACAGCUUGUCCUGGAUUUUGUUCGCAGUUGAUAGCCAUAAUAUCAGAUAUUCAUCCUAGUAGAUUCAUAGACGGGCCGGCCUCAUAUAACUAUCUGACGCGACCUGAAGAAUGCAUGAUAUCAUAUCCAGCCCGCCUCCUUGAGGAGCUCUCGUACUCGGAUCGUGUCGUGUUUGAUAUCACCAUUCAAAGGCGCAAAAUAG